AUGUCGCAGUCGGAUUAUGAGAUUUACAAGCUAGGGGACUGGGAGUUACAGAGCGGGGAGAAGAUUACCGAUGCCCAUAUCGCCUACAAGACCUUUGGAGAUCCCAAGCUCCCAGCGAUCGUCUAUCCUACUUGGUUUUCAGGUGCCAUCGCCGACAACUUCUGGUUAAUCGGCGAAGACAAGACCCUCAACCCAAAGAAAUACUUCAUCAUCAUCACCGCACUUUUCGGCAACGGGCAGUCCUCAUCUCCAUCCAACCAGCCAACUCCCAAACCCUUCCCCAAGGUGGCGUUCUACGAUAAUGUCCGCGCUCAGCACGAACUCGUCACUAAGCACUUCGGCAUCACCCACCUACGCGCUGUCCUGGGCUGGUCUAUGGGUGCCGGCCAAACCUACCAGUGGGUGACUCAGUACCCAGAUUUCAUGGACAUUGCAGUGCCGUUCUGUGGCUCGGCAAAAACAUCCCUGCAUAACCAGGUGUUUAUCGAAGGAGUCAAGGUGGCUCUUCUUGCUGUGAAGAAUACUCGAUCGGCUGGGUCUGGGAAGGGCGGAUUGCAGGAGGACUCUGCAGAGGUUCGGACUUGGAGUGAGAGAGAUCGGGAGAUUGGUCUGAAGGCCAUGGGGAGAGUAUAUGCUGGAUGGUGGGUUCAUCCUUUCGUCCUACUCUUGCUUGAAUCCGGUCUGAGUAAUUUGAACAGGGGCUUCAGCCAGGCGUUCUAUCGCCAGAAGCUGUAUGAGACGGCUUUGGGUUACAAAGACCUCGAAGACUUCUUGCAGAAUCAUUGGGAAAAGUGGGCUUGCUCGAAGGAUCCUGAGAAUCUCCUGGUGAUGAUGCAGACCUGGCAGAACGGAGACGUUUCCCAGCAGGAACCAUACAAUGGAGACUUUGAGAAGGCCAUGGCUUCAAUCAAGGCGAAGACACUGGUUCUACCAGCUCAGACCGAUCUUUACUUCCCUCCUGAAGACUCCGAGUACGAGGUCGCUUGCAUGAAGCCUGGCGUUGGAAAGCUAGGCGUUUUUCCUUCUAUCUGGGGCCACUGGGCCGGAGGCCCCGGAGAUAGCAAGGAGGAUGUCGCAUGGCUGGAUAAGCAGAUAGCCGACUUCUUUGCGGCUAACCCGCCAGAUGGCGUAGAUGCAUUAGGCGAGAAGCUUCAAGGCACCCUGUGA